AUCAAAACAAAAUAACACAGGAACAAGCAAGACCUUAAAGACAACCUCACAGGAUCCACAAACCACAAAUGCUGCACAAACUGAACAGUGAAGUGAUCAAGAUACAAAGUGGCAUCUUGAUAACGGUAAAUGACGCAUGACAACAAGAAAGGUCAAAGUUUAUAGGGAGGCACAUCUACAAAAUCAGUUCUUGCAGAGGGAAAGAAGUUUAAGAGGCUCAACAGUCUUUUACUCCAGGGGUGGAAAAAAGUAAGAAUGAAACAGCCUCCAAAAAAAUAAUAACCACGUCAUUACUAUUGAACACAAAACGGGAACAAUGAACCUGAAUCUGUGACAUUGCAAAGUUGAUCCAAAAUGAAAUGUUCUUUUUUAAUGGGAGAAAGGUUUUUGACCUGUUGCUCUUUUACCGUCCUUGUCAGGAUAAUGAUUGACUAAUGAUUGAGCUGUUCUGUUUGUUCCCCAACAGGCCAAAAGGAGCCCAAUAAUAUACCAGGAGGAACCUCUGCAGGGAAGUCGACUAUGAGCUGUUAGCAAAAGGGGCCUUAACAUGGACCUGUACAGAACAGCUUUCCUUCUGGGGGCCCUGAUCGGCACUGGUAAGAAAUAACAACGUCUUUAAGCUAUGAUUUAAAGUUGUUGUUUUUACACUAAUGCUUGAGAAUAUAAGAAAGUACAACAGCGUAUAAUUAAUCCUAUUUUUAAUUAUUUAAUGAACAUACAAGAAGGAAAUUAUGAGUAAAUUACAGAGACUUGCAGUCAAUUUGGAGGACUUGAUACAGCUUCCAAAAACAAUUCAACAAUUUAACUGUGCCUACCUGUGUGAGUAUAUUAACUGCAGACCAGUUAAACUAAAAGUUGGUCAUCUCUUUUUGAAGUUACAACAAAACUUUGAGGCCUCUGUAACUUUAAACAUGGGGUUAAGGUAAAACUUCUACUAAGAGAACAAUUCUACUGAUCUGAGGACCAAGAACAAAAGCACUUCAGCUCAUCAGCAGACUUUGAGUCAGUGUACAUAAUUACAGAUCUAAAAUCCAGCAAUGAGAGUCAUAAAAUGAACAAAGAGUCAGUUUAGGAAAGCAAGAAAAGGGCUCAUGUGUUCAUGCACAGCAGCAACAUUUCUCUAACUCUUUGAGCGAGUCCAUUACAGAUAGAAAUAAACGCAUGUACAGCUCUCGAACUCUCUGAUCAAUAAGACAGUUUAAUCUGGGAUAAAAGCCUCAGAUGGUACUGUACUGUAUUUGCUGCCUCUUCUGUGGUUUGCAGGGUCAUCAGUUCACAUGUUAAUCUUUGUGCCAUCAAUUCAAAGUCCAAGACCCUCAGACUGAUGCAUUCAGAGGACAGACAUCUAUGAUAGCAGCUCUCUCAGAAACUUUAUCUACAUUUCAAUUGCUUUAGUAAAUGAAUCUUUUGAAUGAUGAUGAAACUGCAUUGUGGGGGGAGGUUAAACGAUGAUUAAACCACAGAACAGGAAUAUACAAAAUGUAACUUAGACUGCUCUCUAAGAAUAUAUUUGACAGUGGAGAUGAUGAAUUCUGAUCUGGUCCUCAGUUUUUCCUGCAGGGCCCUCCUUUGCAGUUAAAACUGCUUUUAAGCACCCACUGACCCCCUGACUGCACACAUCCACUGUCCAAAAUGUUAAUAACAGAUGAAUCGGAAUUUGACAUUCUUCCUGGGAAUCAUGGACACGAUGUUCUCUACUGAACUGCUUUUUGUUACACAGUCCUGAAGCCAGCAUCCAUGAUGUCAUGGCAUAAGUGCUUAUAGCAUAGGUAGUCUGCAUAUCUAAAGUAGGUACCAGACACUUUUAGUGUAUGUGAUAUAUACAAGUUUUGAACCAACAUAUACUGCCGUCUAGUCAAUGCUUUUUCACAACGGUAAACAUGCCCCACAUACUUUAAUUACUUCUUAGUUUAUAUUUAUAUAGUAUAUGAACUUAACUUCUGUAUAUUUGUAUUUGUACACAUUUGAAUUUUUUCCUCUGACUGUUCACCAGCUGUUUAGCUAAUAAAGUAUUGUGUUUUACCUUUUAAAAACUGUUACCACCAGUGUUUAAAAUACUUGUUCAUUUUUAUUACACUUCACAUGCCUAUAUAUUUGUUUUCUUUUUUACAAUUUGUAAUAUUUGAGAAAACGAUUUCAAUCCCUAUGUAACAGCUUUAUACAUGAAUUUAUGAACUUUGAAUGGGUUUAUCGCAUUUACUUUCCUUAUCCCUCGUUUGACCUUCUUGUUGAUUGAUUUAAAACCAUAAGACCAGAAUAAGUCUGGAGCUAUAAAUGUUAUUUUUUAAUGCGUUUACGAUAACUAAGAUUUCAUAAUUCAGACACUUACCUGUUCAUCUAUUCCUGAUUUCAGUAUGUGGGAUUGAGGUGGACGGAUACACCCGCACUGGUGGUGCGUGGAUCCUUGCCCUGCAUAAAAGACAAUACUCAGUAAACACUGCAGCUGACUGUGCCGCCAAAUGUGAAGUUGAGACGGCUUUUACAUGCAGGUAAGUCAUUUUGCAUUUGUUCUUGACGCAAUAUAAAUAUCAUACUCAAGGUUAAGCAUACUGUGCUAAGUAAUAAACUCUGUUUUCACAGAGCUUUCAUGUACAUUGAAAAGGACCAGGAGUGUUGGACAGCAGGAGCAAACUCCAAAGUAGAGACCAUCCUACGCAGAACCAGCGCAGUUUUGUAUGAAAAAAAUGGUCAGUCCUGUGUUCUUCUUCCAACAUGCAGGGGUGAAAGUAGUGCUGGGCGAUAGGACGAUAUAUAUCGUUGGCACGAUAGAAAAUGUCUAUCGUGCCAUUUUUAUUCUUAUCGUUUCGGGCGAUAGGUUGUAUUUAAUCCGUAGAGCUUGUGCCAUCAGAUGAUUCAUAGAAACAACAACAAUAAUUACACAUUCAGUAAGUGUAUUUGGUGUCGAACGGGAAAGAAAACAAUAUUUUCUUACAAAGAAAAGGAUGCGUUGACAUGUAGGCUUGCAUUUCUCUUUCGAUUUUGCGACAUGACGCCGCUUUACGUGCCCUCUUUAUGUCCAGCGUCUCCCGCCGUUGCGGGUUACCUGGGUUACACACGUGAGGGGAUCAUUGUAAGCAGUGCUUAAUUUGUGCCGGAGCAAGUCGGAGCGGGAUCCGGGACCUAUUUCAGCCGCUCCGGCACCUGUUUCAUCUGCUCCGGGACCUUCCCUGUGGAGGAUGACUUUUUUCGGGAAUUCCCGUGGGUCACGUGAUUCCCGCGGGAUGGGAGUCAUUUUUUUUAUUAAUCUCUUGAUCGGGACGGGACGGGGAAAAAAGCAACGGGAGUGGGCAGGAGCGGGAACAGCAUGAAAAGAUGAUCUUUUUCAGCCGUGUUUAACAACCAGAUGAACAGGUGCGUCCAUUUUUGUAGUCAUCUCUCAGUGAGAGUAAACACUCUUGACCGCGCUAGCAACACAAAAGAACUACAACAGCGGUUUGACUUCCUGUCAGCUGGGAGCGCGGCUGCGCAUUUCUACCCUUCAAGCCAGCAGCGAGGAAACGUAAUUUUGUGACAUUCUGUAGUUUUUCAAUCAUUUCUGGAGUCGUGGCGAAUCAAUCACCGUACCUGUCUGCCCCUGAUAGGCGAAUAAAGCGCUCGGAUUCAUGCUCGGGUCUUGCUACGUGCUUCAAGAGUAAAGUAAACAAUGAUGGAGGCAGAGAGCAGCUUUGGAGGAGAAACAUCUAGCAGUGUGAACAACCUCUUCAAAAGAGCCCUAAAGACCUACCUUUUUAAUAAAGCCUUUGGUUAGUUUUCCUCUAUGCUUUAUGCUUUUACUACCUUGCCUCUUACAUUGCAACUCUAUAUAUUUUAUUUUUUUUUAAUUCUUUUUUAUGCUAAUCUGUGACUGUCAUUCUAUUGCUUUUUUUUAUUGUUGCUGCUCUUUUUUUACUGUGUACUGUAGCACUUUGAGAUUUUUUGUAAAUGUAAAGUGCAUUACAAAUUAAAUUUAUUAUUAUUAUUAUUAUUAUUAUGGAGUGCUUCGGCUCACACUAUCAGCGUUUUCUGUAAGUGUUACAUAACUUUGGGUGAGCACAGACAUGAACGCACUUCAGCCACGUAUUUAUUUAUACAUUUUUCUAGUUUUAAGUGCUGGUCUUGUACUGGUACUGUACUAGUGCAGCUGUAUACACUUAAAUUUUUCAUAGAACUGAAAGCAUACCAUAGCUAUAUCGUGAUAUAUAUCGUUAUCGUGAUAUAAAAUGAUCCAUAUCGUGAUAUACAUUUUUUUCCAUAUCGCCCAGCACUGGGUGAAAGUAAGUUUGUACGUAGCGGUACGCCGUACCAGGGAGACAUAAACAGCAGUUUACAGCCGGUACGCAACAGUACACAAACUUUCACCCCUGCAAUAUAUGUAGGCUAGGCUGCUGCUUACCGUGUUGCCAAACAUCAGUCUGCAUUUUGCGGUGUAACCGUAAUAAUCUGACAGGACCAUGCUGCUUGUGAGUGAGUCGUAUUUGCUUCCGCAAACAGACAAAUUCCAGAAGUGGGAGCGCUCAGUGCACACUUUUGAUUGGACGCUGGUUGCCUAGGCACUGGGGCCCGCCCUACGCCUUUUGCGGAGGGAGGGAACUUUUAAAGAGCUGCUUCAAUCUUAAUGUAGAAAUAAAUCAAAAUGCAGAGAAAAUUUGAUUUUAUGUUCAAGAGAAAGAGGGAUGCAGCUGAUGAUGAUACUGUGGCAUCCGAGUCAGCACCUCAUUAUACCUGAGUGUGCUCCUCUUGUACAAAGCCUACGGCUACAGUACCUGCAAGAACCUUAUCCUACUUUCACCCCUGCUAACAUGAUAGUCCUUUUGCCCAUCUCACCAGUUUUCAGUCAUACUUGGACGUCUACAAUAGUGUAAAUACUGUUGUAGUUUAUGAGCAGCUGAAGUUGUUUUAGUGCUAUUUUCAGUGUGCACCUGUACAUUAUGGCUGGGACGAUAUGCUUUUCUCCCGAUUUGAUUCUUCUAAGAUUUUUUGGAUGCCGAUUCGAUUUAAAUUGCGAUUCUACGACAUUGUUAAUUUUUUCGAUUUUUAGUCUGCAUUUGUAACACCAAUGAAACAGUUGAAUGAUUAUGAUUGUCUACUGACUAUUCCAGGAACAAUAUUUCCCCAAAAAUUAAACAUCACAUAUAAGUCAGUUUUUAAGAUUUAUUCUUACAUUUGAACAAAAAAUCAAUUUUUGAACAAAUAAAUCAAUUUUUGAACAAAUAAAUCAAUUUUUGAACAAAUAAAUCAAUUUAAAAAUUGGGAUACUUAUGUGAAUCGAUUUUUUCUCCCACCCCUAGUGUACAUACAUAACUUAAAUUUAGUGGGUUAGUUAGCCAUACGUGAUGUUCACCAGGAAAUUACUGUCAUUGUUUUAUACUGCAAUAUCUUGUUUUCUGCCUUUUCCAGGAUACCUCCUGGAGUGUGUAAAUGGGGUUGGAACAGAUUACAGAGGAACAAAAUCCAAAACAAAAACUGGAAAGAUAUGCCAGAGAUGGGAAGCCAGUUUCCCACACAAGCCAAAGUGUGUAUUCGCUUAUCAUAAUGCUUUAAUAUGAAUAGUUUUACACUCUGUACACAUACGCAUAGACAUUUAUGAUGUGUUUUUUGGCAGUUUCACACCCGAGACCCACCCAAGAGCAGACUUGGAGUCUAACUUCUGUAGAAACCCUGAUGGAGAUGAAGGGGGACCCUGGUGCUACACCACAGACUCAAACACACGCUGGGAACACUGCAAUGUACAGAGCUGUGCAGGUAAAAAUGAAAAAGUCGAAUAAAUACAUUUAGAAGUUUUUCUUUAAUCCGUACAUUUUCGUGCAUCAGUUUUGUAGACAGCCCCCUCUCCCCAAAAGAGGAGCUGCAAUCUGUCAUCCUAGAACCAUUAUCUAGCCAAGCCAAGGCCAGAUUAUCUGAUGGAUCUAGACAUUGUCUUGCCACAAUUUCCUGUGGUGUGAGGUAUGCUAUAUGUAAUUUAUUUCCUCUGACCCACCUGGAAGACGAUCAAGGCUGUCCUGAUUCAAGGUGAUCAAAGCAUGUUCAAUAUUUACAACCAGUCAUCACGCUGAAGACAGGCAGACACAAACACAGGGUGGGGAGCAACCCCCAGUCAGGAUGCAAACUGACUUAGGAGGAAAGCACAGCAAAUGUAGCCAAGAAAAUAAGACAACCAACUUACUGAUACAAGACAAAAACAAGUCCCCCAAGAGGAGAGACACUGAACAGAAACUGUAAGCACAUGUGCUAUGCUUUUAUGGCGACAUAAGAGGAAUACCAAUACAAAAAGGUUGUGUGAUGUGUUGUUUCUGUCUUUUACAGAGGAUUGUAUACAGUGCAGCGGUGAGGACUACAGGGGGAAAGUCUCCACCACUGAAACUGGCUACACCUGCCAACGCUGGGACUCCCAGAAACCACACAACCAUGGCUACAACCCGAGCGCGUAAGACCCCAGAAGCCGCAAACAGGAUUUGCACGAUGAUAUUAAUCAAAAUGACCCUGGUAAUAAAUAAAUGAGAACACAACUUAGAAAUGCUUUUUUUGUUUUCUUUAGACUUCCAGAGAAAUAUCUUGAAGAGAACUACUGCAGAAACCCAGACGGUGACCCCAGACCCUGGUGCUUCACCACCAGCCCGUCCAAACGAUGGGACUUUUGCUCCAUACCCCGCUGUGGUCAGUACACAUCUGAGCAACGUACUCACCCUUUAUUCAGACCUCUAAAUUCAGUCACUGGAUCAUGUUUCCAAAGAGGGGAGUAUAAUGUUGGCUGAUUCUUGCUGCUGGACCAUCACAGUUGGGCUGAGGAAUGAAGAAAAUACAUCAGAAACUGCCUUUAUUAAACAGACUACGUUAAACUACUUCGUUUUUUUGGAGACUACCUAUUGGAAUAUAACCUUCUUUAUUUUCCACCCAAUGGUCUUAGGUAGAAUUAAAUUUAAUUACAAAUAAAAUUUAAACUAACAUGAGACAUCAAGUAAAAAAUGGAAAUGUACGUGCAAAAAUAAAGAAACAAAACACUUUGUUAACAUCAUAACUUGUUUCUUUUCCUCUGACUUCUUGGAUCCAUCUCUUUUUGCUUCUGUUCUCAGCAUCUGAGCCCCCUACCAUCAUCCCAGAGAUGACCUGUGCAACAGGUGAAGGUGGAGCUUACAGAGGCACGAUUGCUGUGACAGAGUCAGGGAAAACAUGCCAGAGCUGGUCCGCUCAGACGCCGCACAAACACAACCGCACACCAGACAACUACCCCUGCAAGUAAAGAUCGCACGACCACAAAAACAAACCUUUUUCCUUGAGUAGGAACCACUUUAUUAGACCUGUGCAAUACCAGACUUGUGAUUUAGUAUUUUGCAUAACAACAAAAAGUAAAGGAACUGCAGACGCAAAUUUGCAUCCCUGCAAAUUGCAUUCAAGUAACAAUCUCAAUUUGUCCUUAUUUACACAAAGAAAAUUUAUUGUUGUUUUCCGCAAAUGUUUAGAUUUACGACCUGCUGGUCUUUUUGUUUUUGUUUUUUUUCUUCAGGGGCCUAGACAACAACUACUGCAGAAACCCUGACAAUGAGAGGAUGCCCUGGUGUUACACAACAGACUCUGAGACCCGCUGGGAAUACUGCAGAGUGCCCAGCUGCGGCGCUGAACCAGGUGUGACACUGAUCACCUGAGAGAGAGACAUAUUUAGACUAUUAGCAAGCAUUAUGAUGGGUUAAAUAAUUACAACACUUGUACCCAUAUGACCGAUGAAUUUAAAAAAUAUUUGUCUUACUAGUGUAUACAAAAUGUAAAGAUUGCUGUCCUGCCUUUUAUUGAGUUCAAAUGUAAAAGAAUUAUUGGAAACUGUGAUAGAUGUUUGAAAGUGCAUCUAGGAUUUAGCCUACUUUUUUUUUUUUAUCUCUUAUUGCAGAUGACGCUGUUAUUCCCCCAGAGGAAGAAGACUGCUAUGAGGGGAAUGGCUCCAGUUAUCGUGGGAUAACUUCGGAAACCAUCAGUGGGAAGAAAUGUCAGGCCUGGAGCUCCAUGACUCCUCACAGACAUGCAAAAACUCCACAGGCCUUCCCUAACGCGUGAGCAUCAAAAUAUUUAUAUUUUAACUUGAUUUAGGAAAAUUUGAGGUAAUGUCAGAAUCAACACAAAAUGAAUAAAUGUUGUUGACAUACUAUUUUGAGGCCAGUUCUCCUAAAGUUUUUUGUUUUUUCUUCUCAACAGGGACCUCAGGAGGAAUCUGUGCAGGAACCCUGAUGGAGACAGGGCCCCCUGGUGUUACACUACAGACCCCAAAACCCGCUGGGAGUACUGCAACCUGGAGAAAUGUGGCACCAGUCCUUCACCCACCACAGCUCCCAAACCCCAGCCCCCCUCUGGCCCCACCCAAGGCCCAACACCAGAAGGUAAAAUCCUGAUGUGUUUCAGUAUGUGUUACUGUUACAUUAUAGGGUAUGUGUGAGGUUUUUUCCUCAUCCUUUGUCUUUGUUGCUGUGUUAGAUUGUAAGGUUGGAAAUGGGGCUACAUACCGGGGUCCAACUUCCAUCACCAUACUGGGAGUGACAUGCCAGGCCUGGAGUUCUCAGACUCCGCACCAACACAACAGCUUCACCCCACAGAGUCACCCUACCAAGGGUCUGGACGGCAAUGUAAGUGUUUAAGCAGAGAAACCUAUCUAAUAAGACUUAAUGUGUGUCAAAGGAUCAGUGCAAACACAGCAACAAACAAGUUACAGUCUCACAAAAUGUUUAAAACUACCAGCAAGAGUAAGUAAGACAAUACAAAUCUGCUUAUCGGUGUAACUCUCAACCUGUGUGUUUCUGUCAGAUGUGCAGAAACCCAGACGGUGACGUGAACGGACCCUGGUGCUACACAACUGACACGAACAAGAAAUGGGACUACUGUCAGAUCCCUGACUGUUGUACGUAAACUUAAUGAUAGACAGCCUGACUUUUAAUCUCCUUAAACAUUUUGAUGGGUGUGUCAAAAAUGUUUCUCAACCUUUAAUUAUUCUCUGUAAAUUCAGUCAAGUACAACAAACCUUUGAUUGUAUGUAAAAAAAAAAAAGGUGAAGCUGACACAUUUGGAGCUCCCCCUGCUGACUGGUUGCAGUAUUGACAAAGCUCACCUCCUCCACAUUGACAGAUGGGACAUGGGUCAAACUUUAGUUUUCCUCAAACAUGGUUUACGUCUCUAGAGUUAGUUCUCAUUAUGCUGAAUUGUAUCAGUGUGUUUAUUCAUAAUACUAGUAUCUCAGAAGUUUGCUUUGUACGGGUUAUUUGAUGCUCUGAAAAGCGGGUGUACCACUAUGACUUGAUUAUUUUUGAUGGGUAAUUCAAACUAUAUUUUGUCAAUAAUUAAGAAGUUUGAAACAUGUCUUUUUUGGAUUCAUGUGCUCUUCUUCUUUUCCAGCUGGUCUGAAGUGCGGCUCCCCAGUCACUAAACCAAAGCGUUGUUUUGGUCGUAUUGUCGGAGGCUGCGUGUCUAAAGCUCACUCAUGGCCCUGGCAAAUCAGCCUCCGCACCAAGUAUGUACAUCAACUACACAAUAUUUCAACAGAAUAAGAAGAGGCCUGAGAUAAAUGUAUAUAUAUUUUUUUAAAAGACAAGGGCAAACAAGAACUUAGCCACAGUUUGAGAUCCUCAUAAAUAUCCAGCUGUUAUUUUGUGGAAAAGUUAACAGUCAAUUUCUGCACAAAGUUCAUUUUUAUUCUGAAUUUGUCUAAAAUUUUACAUCCAGAUUGCAGCUAAGUAAUGGUAAGAUUCGUUGAGGGCACUAGAGUUAGUUUUAUUCCUGUAUAUUCAAGCCAUUACCUCCAGUGUUAAAAUAAGAAGCUAGUGUGGCGGUGUCAAAAACUGCAAUUCCUUAAGUGUCCACUCGGGGCUAUUGAGAGCCACAUACACACCCAUUCUAAACGGCUCAUUUUAACGGCUACAAUUAACAUGUCUUAAGCAUGGUGCAUGAACAAUUUUGGCGUGAAUAGCAAAUUUUCCUGUCCUGUCCACACACACUUUGAACUUUUAAUAACUCAUCAGUAUUUCAAAUUUGGCCUCCUCUACACUUCCUUAUCUCCAUUUAACACCAAAGAAAAAAAAACACAUUACUCCAGCUGAGUGUGUUUGUGUUGCCUAACUUUUAUACAUUUCUUGCCAUCCUGCUUAUAGUACAGGAGUUCAUUUCUGUGGAGGAACUCUGAUCCACCCUCAGUGGGUCCUGACUGCUGCACACUGCCUGGAGAGGUCAGAGAAACAACUGACAAAUAAAUAAAAACCAAAUCCUGUCCUGACAAAGGUUGAAUAACAAGCACGUAUGUCUACAAAUAUGUGUCCCUGUAGGUCCAGGCGUCCUUCUGCUUAUAAGGUCUAUCUAGGUGUCCACACAGAGAGAGCCAAUGAGCCAUCCAAACAAGAAAGGAACCUGGAGAGAAUAGAGAUGGGACCCAAUGGAGCUGACAUUGCUCUGCUAAAACUGCAGACGUGAGUACCACUCUGAUGAUUCCUCCACUGACUCAAGUGCUCAAGCACAAGAUGAUCCAGGAAUCUGUACCCACAGUUCACUAAACUGUGCCUACAAUUGGCAAACCAGCUGCAGCAAGAAUUUGUUGUCAUGGAUAAUAAAAUGUCCCUUCAAAUUUAUAAACAACAAUGAAACCCCUCGAAUAUUUCUUGGUUUACUCCAGGGGGCACUCAGGAGAGCAAAAUUUAAUAAAUCGAAUAAUUAUAUGAUUCCCUUGGCCAAUAACUGUUUGAUUAUUGACAAACAGUACUUAAAAAUUUUCACACCAGCUCUGAAAGUGAUAUUUUUCUGUAUAUGUGUUUCAGUCCUGCUCUUAUUAAUGACAAAGUCCUGCCGGCUUGUCUACCAGAGAAGGACUUCACUGUCCCCAGUGGAACAGAGUGUUACGUUACCGGAUGGGGUGAAACUCAAGGUACUGUAAAUGAUGGCAGCCUUUGUAGCCAGGGUAUUAGCUUGUGUUAGAGUCAGAAAAAGGGUAAAAAUUUGAUAAAUACAUCUCACAAUAAUUAAUAUUUUGCCACAUCAUAAGGAGUUGUUGCACAGGGACACAAGAAAGUUCAACAGAAAGUUGUGCAGGAAAGGUAAUCAAUACUUAGGGUACUUUGACCACAUAUGUAACAUAGCACGCUAGAUUUAAGAGGCUGUAUGUGCACAGUCUCCUCUUUAACAUGUUUUAAAUACCCUAAAAACAACCUUACUGUGAAAUUUCCAAAUAUCUCUGACCUGUAUGGUGAUAACUGUAUGGAGGUGUGUUGCAGGUACGGGAGGUGAUGGCAUCCUGAAAGAAGCUGGUUUCCCCGUGAUCGAGAACAAGAUCUGCAAUCGUCCAUCCUACCUGAACGGCAGAGUCAAAGACCACGAGAUGUGCGCUGGAAACAUUGAGGGAGGAAUAGACAGCUGCCAGGUAAACAAGGUCCAAAAACUAUGGAGACUGAAGGCUGUUUUAAAAAACCAUACUGUCAGGGCUGCUUAUGGCUGUUUGGAGAUAAUAGAGACCAAAAGACUGUGCAAUACAGACUGUGUAUCUCUCUCCGCCUAUUUUGAGACAUAAGGCUUUAUUACAGCCUCAGUGACCUAUUAAGUUAAUGAGUAAAGACAUUAAAAGAGCAACAAGUCCAGUAGUAGUUGCUGUCAUAGGAAAAAACAGACUGCAAUGACUACUGCAAGUCAGCAGGGGGAGCUCCAAAUCUUUUGGCUUCACCUUGGACGGCUGUUUUGACCCAUAAUUUAUGCAGAUGAUAGUAAAUACAAAAUUAAUGUUUUUCAGACAGUUACGGCAACUUAGUUUUCUACUAAGCUGAAACAGCCUCUGGUGUUCAUUUGAUCAAAAUUUGACAAUCCUUAAUCUAACAGGUAAUAAGGGAGGAUUUUACAAAGUAACUGAGAGGGGCUCUUUGAGUAGCAUGUAUCUAUGCGGCUGCAGUGUUGUAAAUUGCUGUACUGUAACUGAACCUAACCACGAGUUUUUUCUGCAGGGUGACAGCGGUGGUCCUCUCGUGUGUAACGCCCAGAACAAGUUUGUUGUGCAGGGGGUGACAUCUUGGGGUCUGGGAUGCGCCAACGCCAUGAAACCUGGUGUCUACGCUCGAGUCUCCAAAUUUGUAGAUUGGAUUCAGAGAACAAUUCAGGCCAAUUAACAACAUCAACCAUUCAUCUUUAUCUAUGAUGGCUAAGCAGGCACAGACAGUAAUGGCUCACUGUGCUAUUUAAAGAUACCUAAACAUUUGUAUCUGUUCGCAGCCUGGUGUAACCUGUAUUAAUGAGGUUUUUGUUCCCCCUGGUGUCGGUGUUGGAAUGUGAAAGAAGUUUUUCUCUGUGAGCUAAAAAAUAAAACUUGAUACCAAGGAAUGAGGGACGUGAUGCUUUAUGGAAAAUGUGUAAAAAAAAAAAAAAAAGCUUUCAUGUUUUUGCAGAGGAUAUCAUACAGUACUGCAUCCAAAUAUUAAAAUCUAAACACAUGCACAAAGUCACACAGUCACACAGUUGUUGUUUCUUUGUUGUUCGUCAGCUCUGAUUUCAAGAGUUUGGUCUUUUGUUGCUUCUCUGCAAGAUCCUGGUUUUUCCUGGAAAUUAAAACGGAAACAUUUAUUUUAAAAAA